GGUCAGGUCAUAUGGAUUAGAGAGGCUUUUAGAUUAGUAGAAGAUUUUUCCUUUAAAAAAAUAUAAAGAAAGCUAUGGGGAUCCGAGGGUUGCAUAAGUAUGCGAAAUCAGUUAAAAGUUUAUGGACCAACAUACAGCUGGGACCGGAGACCAGAAUCAUCAUAGAUGGCAGCUCUCUUCCCUGGUAUCUCAAUAAAGAGAUUGAUUUUCAACGUGGUGGAAACUACGACCAACUAGCUGCUGCUAUAGCGCAUUUUUUCAAUGCCUUUGCGUCUAAUGGUGUGAAAACAUAUGUUAUAAUAGAUGGGCCCACUGUUGCUAAGGAUAAAAAGCUUAAAUGCAUAGAGAUGCGUUUUGAGGAAGACAUAAAUUCAUCAACAGGUGAUGGUGGUCGUACUCUUUUACCGCUGAUGUCACUAAGAGGAGUGUUCAUUCAAGAAUUAAGGAAACUUGAAAUACCAUUUGUGGUCUGCGAUUGUGAGGCAGACCAGGAAAUAGCUUCACUAGCCUAUCACUGGAACUGCCCUGUAAUCAGCAAUGACAGCGACUACUUCAUCUUUGAUCUCCGUGCAGGCUAUAUUCCUCUCAGUUCGUUGGACUGGAAGGGAAGGCCCAUAACUGGAGAACUCUAUAAGCGCCAACGCUUGUCAGAUCAUUUGAGGAUCCGACCAGAGUUUUUCCCACUUGUUGCUUCGUUAGUGGGGAACGACUUCAUCGAAAAGAGUACGCUUGCUCCUUUAGAAAAUACACUUUUUCCAGGUCUUGAAGGGAGCCCUAAAGAGGUUUUGAGUAAAAAAAUGGAGAAAAUAGCUGAAUUCUUUUCCUCUAUCAAUGAUGUCGAAAAGGCAUUAGAGUGUGCACUAGAAAGGAUACCCUAUGAAAACCAAAGAACGACACUGAGAUCUGCUUUAGAAGAAUCGAUGAAAGAGUAUUCCAUAUGUGACUUCACAUUGAACGGGUUUUUUGAAUCGGGAGAAUUACAGACAUCGUUGAAGACACUGAAUCAGGAAAAUAUCCCUUCCUUGGUGAUGGAAAGAUAUCGAAACGGUGUUUUUCCUGUCAUUUACAUGGGUGUUCUUACUUCUGGGAGACAUUUCCUACAUGUCCAAGUAGAGAAAUCAAACGAGAGCUCAGCGCAUGACUGCUCACGUGAGCUAAGGCGUAUUAUCUAUGGCAUCAUUAUGAAACCAAUGAAGGGCCAAGAAUCCAAGAGAAAAAGUUUAGAAGUUAAAGAGUGGUCAAGGGAUAAAAGAAGUAUGAAGAUAUUCCAAGUACAACCGCUUUGGGAACCUGUUCGUGGAUAUGGGGAACUCCUAAAACUAGAUAACUUGCCAGAAACAGAGAUAGAAGAAAGACGUCAAAUGUUGUUAAUAAUCCUGAAGGCAAACACAGCGCUUAUCAAGUCUUUACACAACAAUGUCCAGUUGUUUGCAGCGUCAGUACGCUACUGGAUCUCUGAAGCCAAACCUUGUGUUAACCCGAUAUGGGUACAAGCAUUGUUACUGGUACAUUUAAAACUGCUUCCCGAGAGGCAAGAUAAAAAGUCAUCGCCAGCAAAGUGUAGUGAUUCCAAGACAUCUGAUUUCGAUAUCGAUUGUCAGCACAGCAUCGCACAAUGGCAGGCAGUGAUGAUGGAGGCGAUAGCCUUGAAUCAAAUCCUCUUGGGCCCUUUAUUCGAACCCAGGAUAUCUACCCUGUAUAAUGGCGUUACAGCUCAUUCAAUUGUCCGCGAGAUAGAAGAAGGUAAAAAAGCCGAAUCCUUAGCAAAGAAACCAGAUAUCUUUAGACAGCUUUAUGCGGCUGUUACAGAACAGGAACCACCUGAAGUGCUGCACGGGAAUCAAUUUGCUUUUCUUUGUGAUGACGAACCUGAAGAUGAAUCCUGAGAGAAACACUCUUUUUAAAGUACAAGGGAAACUAGUGGAUUAUAACUAGUAGAGAACUAGUGUAGACUGCGUUGGUGUUUCUGAAUAAAACAGUAGGAACUUAUGGAAGGACUAACGUCCGAAACGUCAGUUUAACAAAGCUUCUUACGGUGAUUCAAUUUAUCCAUAAGUUCCUACUACAAGGGAAACUGGUAGCUAAUUACUCACGCAUGGAAUUGUGGGACGAUUGUUGUGCAUAACCUUGAUCGGCCCAACAUUUCCUUACGCGGCAAAUCUGUGUCCAGUCUCCUAUUGAGCUUCAACGGUUGAAUAGACUAUAAAAUGUAACAUUCAAAUUACUAUGAAAAUAUCACGUUUUAUUUACUUCGUAUAUUCAUUAUACCUUAAAAGUAAUAAGCGCUUUAUAAAAAAUUUGAAACCAGCUUUCAAAUCGUCCCUUUCAACUGACCGCCUCAAGGCACCCUAAAAUACCCGCAAAACCACUCAAAAAGCUUUAUAGGAUAAAACGUUUAAUUUUGAUCAAACAUUUUAAGUUUACGAAAAGCAAUUGUUUGAGAAUCGAUUUCUUACGUUUUCUGUGAUUUCUUUGAAAUUAUAUCAUUUUGGUUUUCCACAAGAAGCCCGGUGCCACAGAAACAGAGGCUGGGAAACCUGCGAUUCGUUCAAAUCAAACAUAAAACUCUGCUUAUGCUUAUGCUUAUGCUUCCUCUGUUCGUUUUAUCAGUGAAAAGGAUUAUUGAGAAUCUACAAGUAAAAAUGACUUAAAACUAGGUGAAAGUCCAUCACGCCGGUCGUAUUUAUUUAGUAUUUCAUUGAGUAUUUAUGUAGUAUUUGCUCACUCACGGGAAGAUUUGAAGCCGUAUUUUCUUAUCUAAUUUAAAUAGAACCUAUUAAUCUUAAACUUUUUAAGCAUAGAAUAUACUACUUUGAGUAGCAAAAUUAAGCUGACGAAUUACAAAAUAAAGAUAUUUUCACGGCA